CAGCACAAGACAUAUACCAACAUUCAUUUGUUUUUAGUUUGGCCAAUAGCGUUCGAAGAUCCAGAAUCGUGGCCAAGAUGCGUGAGUUCCGCUCCAAUGAUGGGGAAGAGAGGAGGGCAAGACUCAAAGUUGAAAUGAAAACUCUCUUUAUGUCUCAAGAGAGUGAAGAUCUUCUAUUAGACACCAUGAAAGAACUACAUGGGAAGAAUUUUUGUUUGAGAGAUAUUUCUGCAUACAAAGAUAAAGGUGAAAACCUUAGUAAACUUUACUGGAUGGAUCGAGGACACCUCAUUGUUCAAGGAGGAAUCGAUUAUUCAAAACCAAAGGAUAGCGUAUCAAUGAAGGAUCAAGUAAAUAAGUUUGCUUUGGCCAGACUACAAGGGUAUGGUUUCCACAAAUCUCAUUGUGCUGAAGCCCUUGAAAUUACAGAUGGUGAUGUAGGGACAGCAUUGGAAGUCUUAGCAUCAAAGUACUUCAGAGUUCAAACUCGUUUUCCAAAUGUUAAAAAACUUCAAGAGGAUGAGGAUGAAGAAGGUAAAGAACUUAAUUUCAGUGGUGAUUUGGAGUCAGCCGUGGAACAAAUGAAAGAAGAAAAGUGUGUGUUAGAAUCAAUAUAUGAAAGUCUCUUUGAGGAACGUAUAGCAAACAGAGUAUGGCUCCUACACUUAGAAAUACCUUACCUAAUAGACUUGUACGUCAAACCAAAAAAAAAUCUGGAAAUAGGAAAAGAGCAAAGAAAACCAAAGAAGGAAGCAGAAAUUUGCAGAUUUUUUGCCAAAGGCCACUGCAAAUUUGCUACUGGGUGUCGCAAUUCUCAUAUCUUACCAAAUUCUACUACCACAGAAACAAAAAAAAAGGUUGAAGCUGAGGAGAAAUUUGUUUUUAAUCUUGAAAUACGGUUUCCAGAAGGUUUAUGUUACCCAGCUGAGUCCCCUCUUAUCUAUCUGAGUACCAACUGUCCCAAAGUUCCUGCGGAUGCCUGUCUGCGUUUGGCCCGACGAUUGCAACAAGAAGCCAUGAACUGCUCCCAAUCAGAACAGCCUUGCGUGUACACUGUGACACAAAUUCUACUUGAGAAGCAGGAGGAAAUGCUGGAGAUACUAAAAGUUUGGAGGGGUGACUUUCCUUUACCCGAAGAGAAGUUGUUCCCCGAUGUGAAGGGUAAAAAGAAUUCUUUGAAUGGAAUGCAAGUUGAUAGUAAUUUUGGCCAUAAUUCAAGAGGUCAGAGAGCUGGAAAGAGUCAACAGAACAUGAAAGAAGUUAUGAGAGAGAAUUCUCGAAUUAUUCAGAAGUUUUUUGAAAUGCAAGAUAGUUGUCCUAAAUAUCAGAAAAUGGUGGAAGCUCGUGCUAAACUUCCUGCAUGGGCAAAAUGUGAAGACAUAUUAUCUGCAAUAGAUGAAAGUCAAGUGGUUGUCAUUAGUGGCGAAACAGGUUGUGGAAAGAGCACUCAGGUGCCCCAGUUUCUCUUAGACCAGUGGCUCACAGGAGCAUGCGACGAUGAGCACAGAGAGAUUGUCUGCACACAGCCACGACGUAUCUCGGCCAUUGGGGUGGCAGAACGUGUUGCUGAUGAACGAGCAGACAGAAUAGGUGGUGUCGUUGGUUACCAGAUACGACUGGAAAGCAAAACCUCAUCUUCAACCCGGCUACUUUUCUGCACAACAGGUAUUCUGCUCAGAAGGCUAGAGGGCGAUCCUAAUCUGUCAUCAAUUACACAUAUCAUUGUGGAUGAAGUCCAUGAACGAAGUGAGGAAAGUGACUUCCUGUUGAUGAUUCUGCGAGACCUAUUACAAGUUAGAAAGGACUUAAAAGUGGUGUUAAUGAGUGCAACGCUGAAUGCCAACUUGUUUUCUAGUUAUUUUGGUAAAGUGCCCAUAAUUGAAAUUCCAGGGAGAACUUUUCCAGUCCAACAGUUCUUCUUAGAAGAUACACUUGAUAUUAUUGAGUAUGCACUUGAAGAGAACUCCCAAUAUUGCAGAGACAUCAAAAAGCCUUUCUCAGAUUCAGAAUCUUUUGAAGUGGAAUUGGCAGUAGCUGACCAGAAAACUGCAGUAAUUCCCAAUCCAGCCACAAGAGAUGAACAUUUGACAAUAUCUCAAAUGAAUUAUCGGUAUGAUGGUUACAGUGUCCUCACCAAAAAGUGUCUCUACCUGAUGGAUGGAGAGAAGAUCAAUUAUGACUUAAUUGAGAGUCUACUUGUCUGGAUUGUUAAAGGAACCCACAAGUUUCCUCGCAGUGGAACAAUUCUGAUAGAUCAGUUCCAUGGAAUACCAGGGCAGGUGUUCCUGCCUGGUUUGGCAGAAAUUCAAACUUUGUACGACCAGAUUAAUGACAACCCUAUUUUGGGCUCAAGAGGAGGCCAGAUUUCACUGCUGCCACUUCAUUCUACACUCAGUAGUGAGGAGCAGGCUGCUGUCUUUAAGAAACCAAAAGGUGGUGCACGUAAAAUAGUUUUGUCAACAAACAUUGCUGAAACUUCGGUAACAAUUGACGACUGUGUGUUUGUUGUGGACUGUGGAAGAAUGAAAGAAAAGAGAUUUGACUCCAACCGUAAUAUGGAAAGUUUGGAGUUGGUAUGGGUAUCUCAAGCUAAUGCACAACAACGCAAAGGCCGUGCUGGCCGAGUGAUGGCGGGGGUGUGCUUCCACCUGUUCACGAAGCAUCGAUUCGACUUUCACUUCCUUAAGCAGCCUAUUCCAGAAUUGCAUCGUCGAACUCUGGAACCUCCACCUGCUGACAGCAUAGACAGUGCAUUGCAACGGCUGAAGGACGUUGGGGCGAUGGACCUUCAGAACAAUCUGACUGCACUUGGAAGGCACUUGGCUGCUCUGCCUGUGGAUGUCAGAAUAGGGAAGCUUAUUAUCUAUGGUGCUAUUUUUUGUUGUGUGGAUUCAUCGCUGACAAUUGCAGCUUGCCUAUCUCACAAAUCUCCUUUUGUCGCUCCAUUUGGGAAGAAAGAGCUGGCUGAUAGUAGGAAGAAAACGUUUGCUGUCGGAAAUAGUGAUCAGUUAACUGUUCUGAAAGCAUACAAGCAUGGCAAAAGCAGUGCAUGUGAGCAAGUUGCGCUGGGCAAGCUUUUGUGCAAGAAAACUUCCUGUCAUGGCGAACACUUGUCAUGUUGGCAGACAUCAAACAGCAGUUUGCUGGAGCUGGCUUGCAAGCAUUGGCUUUGUGUCCCCAGACACUGUCAGGCGACCCCGCAGAGUGGCAGUGACAUUGUUCUGCCCAAACUGGGCCUGAGUUGCCGAACAAACUGUGUCAAAGAAUUUCAGCUGAUGAAUGAAUGCUCUCUUAAAAAAAUGGCUACGGUCUGGUUUCUAGUUGAACGCCCAAUGGAGAAACAACCAAGUUGCUGGAGCCUUCUGUGCGCUGCUCUCUAUCCACAAGUGGUGCAAGUUCUAACUCAUGAGAAAUCGUAUUUACUCCCAGUGCAACAGGUGUUUUUGCAUCCAUCCUCCAUCAACUACACUGUAACUCAUUUCACCAGCCCUUAUCUUGUGUAUCAAGAGAAAGUGAAGACAAGCCGUGUUUUCAUAAGAGACACAUCCAUGGUGCCACUACUCCCAUUGGUUCUGUUUUCUGGAUGUGGUUUAACUGUGGAGAUGAGCAGGGGAGAGUUUGUGUUGGCCCUUGCCGAUGGGUGGAUAAAGUUCCUUGUAGAAAAGCAUAAUGUGGCUGAAUUGAUCAAGAUGAUUCGCAGUGAAUUUGUAGAUUUAUUAGCAAAAAAAAUUGAAGAUCCAAGCCUUGACCUUCUGACUCAUGAAAGAGGGAAAAAAAUUGUCCGGACUAUAAUUCAUUUGGUUACAAGAGGUUGACAAGAAAGUAUACUUAAUAAAUGAAUUACCAGCAGAUGUACCUUCGUGUGAUCUUUUCAUUGUAUCCUUCCAAUAAAAAAAUGGAUAUUCUUGAAAUUUUAACUACAAUUUUAAUAUUUUGCUAAGUUAUUUAAUUCUAAGAGGAGAGCAUACAUUAAUUAAAAUAUUUGGGAUGAAUAAUUAUUUCAUAUAUUUUAAACUGAACGCAUUUCACAUCAUUUGGUUGGCCCUUAUUAAUUUAACAUCCUUCAUACAUUUUAUUUAUUGUAGCUUAGUUUGUGGAAACCACUUCUGGACUAAAGUCUUUUAUUGAUACGCUUCUAAAUGAUCAAUUUGUCUGGAAAGAUCCACUUCAAAAGGUUUCAAUAUGUAUUUGUAAAUGUUGAAUGUACUCUUGGUCACGUUACAUGAUAUGGGAUGUGGCCUAAUUAUGAUUACACUUUAUGUAAAGGCUGUGUUGAGUGAUGUGAAUUCGAAUUGAAUGAGGAGUGGAGUGUUCAUUGAAUUGAAUUUAUAACUGUAUGUCCUGUGGCUUUUGUAGUGAGAGCCACAAUAAAAAGGAAAUAAUAUAUUUGCUAUGGUGCUGCUUUUGGAUUUUUAUUAUCAGGAAAAUUUGUAAUUUUUUAAAUAAUAGCAUUUAUUUCAUUGUACAUUUUAUUUUAUUUGAUCGCCUUUACAGUUAAAGUUUGAAAUAGAUUAAAUGGCUCAUUAUUAUAUCCAAUGGGAAAUGGGGUAUUGCCUUACUGUCAAUAUAAUACCAUUAAUUAUAUAGACACGUGGUUAGAAAAUAGGUCAAAUGUGUAAAAGGCAAUUGAAUAAGAUAAGCUGUAUAUUACAUGUGGCUAGACUACUAUGUGCUCAUUAGUAAUUUAUACUCUUGGGCUACUGCGCUGUAAGAUAAAGAACUAUUAUUUUAUUGAAGUUAAAAAUUAACAUAUAUUGUUGAACUGCCUAUUUAGAUUACUGAUUUAAUGUACGUUUCAUCAUUGACUAAGCACUGGUCCCAAGUUAUACAAUAUUUAUUACUUUAUUUCAAUAACUUCUAAUUUAUUUCAGGGGUUUAUAAAACCUUCCAAUUUUACGGUUUCAAUAUUUUCAGAUAUUUAGACAAUUUUUCAAUCGGAAACAAAGAUUUGAGUUUAAAAUAAAACAAAAUUCUGAAAGGAAAUUAUUCUGACUCUCAAUAGAACUAGAAAAGAAAUUUUAACUGCUUGUUGUCAGGAAUUAUUUGUUUUCAUAAUCCAAAUAAAGAAGGCGCUACUAUUCUUAUGAGAAGUGACAUCUUGUGAUAUGUAUCUUUUGCCAGGUGAAAGUAGCCACACUUCUUUACUACAUUCCCUGACUGUAGGAAUUAAUACAAUGAGUCACUAUUUUUUAAAAUUAGCUUUAAAAAACAAAGGAAUACCAAUGGAAUAAAGUGUUCAUGAAGACAUAAAUCUUCAUUUACUGAUGAUUCUUAUUUUAUAAUGCCUACAAUAAGUAAUUCUAAUAAUGUUUGUUUUUAAUAAUAUUGACAAUCCUUCAGAACUUAGGUUGAAUUACUCACAAAUUUUAAGUUCUGUUUGUAAUGGCUAGCCAUAUCAUUUACACACCACCUCUUAAUUCAAAAUUAUGAUUUUGAAAUACAGGUUUCCUCAAGUUACCCCCAUACUAUCUUUUUAUUUUUGGAGAAAAAAAUCAGGAUUGAUUUUUAAAACGAUCUUUGUAGUUUGGUUGUUAGGAGGAUAGAUAGAAAAAGGAAGAAGUGCAAUGGCUGUAUUAUUGUUAUUGCUUUUGAGUAAUAUUGAGUAAACCAUUGCCAAUUUUUAAAAUGGUUUUUAUAUUUCAGUGCCAGGUAAUUCAUGGUUUAAAUGACAUUAAAUGCUGUAGUUUUAUUGAGACAAAAACACCACAACUUUACAGUGAUAUUGAAAU